GCAGGGCUUCCUCAGUCUAGGACUGAAGACUUUGGGUGGUGCCAGGAGACAGAGGUAUAGACACAGCCCAGGCUACCUUUUGCUGGUCACUCUCCUAAAGCUUCAGGGAGGAAUGUCAGUGGCUUACAGCGCAGGUCGUCUUUCGCUGACACUGCUGCUGACAGAAGCCGGGAAGACUCUGGGCAAUGCCCACUCUCUGUGCCUUGACCUCACUAUCAAAUCUCAGUCCAGACCUGGCCAGCCCUGGUGUCGAGUCCAGGGCUCCCUGGACACAAAGCCUUUCCUCCAGUGUGACAGUGACAGCAACAAGGUCAAACCUUUGGGUUUCCUGGGGAAGGAGGUAAACGACACAAAAGUGUGGACCGAAUUGAGCCAAACACUGGCAGAAGCAGGAAAAGAGCUCAAGAUGGUCCUGCCUGUCACCAAACUGGACAAAAAGGAGACAGGGGAUCCUCGCAUCCUGCAGGUAAAAAUGUGCUGUCAACGCGAAGCUGAGCAAUGCUCUGGUGCCUCCUUGCACUUCAGCCUCAAUGGAUGGACAGUCCUCCUCCUUGACACCAGGAGCGUAACCUGGACAGUCAUUGAUCCUGGAGCCAAAAGCAUCAAGGAGGAGUGGGAGAACAACCAGGAACUGGCAGAGUGUUUCAGGAAGAUCUCAACAGGAGACUGCAGCUAUUGGCUUAGGGAAUUCCUGGAACACUGGGAGAACAUGCUGCUCCCAGAGCCCACAGCUAUUCCAUCAUUUGGAUGUUUCUCCCUGGACUAUGAGAAAGUACAAUGUUAACCCAACUCUGGGUGGCAAACACUGACCCUUGAUGACAGUCUGGCUGUUGAUCUCAUAUACUACCUUCUACUCAGAGUGGGGUUUAACAAGAAGCUAAAGAAGCUUAUGCUUAAGAAUUCCUUCACUUUCCACAACUGCUUAUGGGCCCCUAAGAUGUAUUGACUUGGUCGUUUUGAGGAUUUGCAAAAGUCAAAUAUUUGCUCACAAUCAGUUAAGACUUCCAGUUCUAUUCUUUCCAUCAGACUUCCCUUCAUGUGGGGUGGAAUUGGGACGGGGGGCAGUGUUGGAAUUUUUUUAAUUCUGUUAAGAAGAUAAUGCAUUAGGGAUAUACUUCUGUGAUUUAAUGAGACAUAAUUUAUGUGUUCACACUCACUUUCUUGUAUAGUUAAGUUACCACAUGCUUUUAUGGGCUGAAUGUUCUUAAUUCAUGUGAUAAAAUCCUCACCUCCAGGAAGACUUGUUGAAACCACUCAGUCGGUGGUGUGCGGUUAUAGUCUGUGUUGUGACACAAUAGGAAGUAUACGUUUGGUCGGAGUCCUGGUUCCUGGAGCAGAGUUUCUAAAACCCACAUUUUGGUAUCAUAUUUGGUGUUCUGAGUGUAGAAAAAUAGCUUUUCUUUAGAGACCUAGCAGAUUAAUACAUAUGCAGAAACCACAGUCAAGUGCUAACUGCCUAGAUGUCAUGACACAAAAGUAUGAGGCUACCAGUUGAAUUAUCAUGUAGAUUAAUAUGCAUAUUAAGAUACUAACAGUUAAUGCAUAAAGAUGUAUCCAGGACAGAAGAAAGGAUAAGGUGUGAUAUAGCCAGAAAUGGAACACUAUAACGCAAUCAAUAAAGAAUGAAUUACUGCAGUAAAAACAUAGAUGCCUCAUAAAAAGGAUUUGAGAGGCAAGUGUUGGACACAAAAGAAUAGAUAUGCUGUGGUACUCCUAUUUGUUGUGUUACAUGAUUGUGCAGUUUAACUGAAUUAUCUUUUUAAGAUGUAUUUAUUUUUGGUCAUGCUGGGUCUUCAUUGCUGUGUGUGGGCUUUCUCUACUUGCUGCUCUCUAGUUAUGGUGCAAGAGCCGCUCACUGUGAUGACUCUUCUUGUAGCAGAGCGCAGGCUCUAGGCUGCGGGCUUCAGUAGUUGGGGCACACAGGCUCAGCAGUUGAGGCUCCCAGGCUCCAGAGCACAGCCUCAGUAUUUGUGGCCCAUGAGCUUAGCUGUUUCGCAGCAUGUGGGAUCUUCCCGGACAGGGAUUGAACUCAUGUCUCCUGCAUUGGCAGGCAGAUUCAUUACCAAUGCACCACCAGGGAAGCCCCUAAUCGAAUUAUUAAAAAGACAUUCUAAGCUUGCUUCUAAAUCACAUCUCAAUAAUUUAUGGAUGAAGAUUAGAUGUUCCAUGACUUGCAACCAGGAAAUUAUGCAUACUGGAAAAGAUAUUAUUUAAAGGACUAUCCACAACCUAGAUGGACCCUUAUCAGGUGCUCUAAACCAGCUCAUGCACAACAAAACUGUAGAGAAUUAGCUCUUGGAUGAAUAUUUUCCACUUAGAAAGGGCGACUGCACUGAACUGGCUAACAGAGAACACUGCUGACCUCAGAAACACCUAAAAACAAUGCUCAAACACAGAGGAUGUUUGAGCUCAUACAUUCAUACCAGGAUGAGAAGAAGACAACAUCAGAAAAAAUUUUAACCUUUCAGUUUUCACUAAUGUCUAGACAAACGAAGUUUUCUCUUGUCAGGAAUAUAUUCAGUGAUGCGGAGAAUUCAAUUAUACACUGUACCUUUUUUGCCCAAUGAGAAUCACAUGAAUGUUUAUUGAAACUCCUUUAUUUUAGGGGCCCAAAUGUGGUGAAGUCCUACCAUUAGGUGAAGGAGACCUCACCUGGAAAUAGGGUGUGUGCAGAUGUAAUCCAACCAAGGUGAGGUCAGCAUAGAUUAGGUUGGGCUCUAAUCCAAAGACUAGUGCCUUUAUCAGGAGGCACGCCUUUAAAGAAAUGUAGGCACGCAAAGAAGAGAUGUGCCGGGAGCCAGCAUGAGGAAUCCUGCCCAUGGCAAAGGUCAUGAGAAAGGAAGCCAGACAUAUGAAAAGGUGUGAUCUGGCUUCAGGGCUUCCCCCUGGGUUUUCCUGAACGUCUACCCCCCAAAACCAGAGUCUGCCUGCCUUACUGUACUGUGCUUUCCACUCUUCUAACAUAUCGGAGGGCCAUCCCCGAUCACCUUCCUCUCAAAGGAAUUAACUUAGGGCUCCAGUUAACAGUCCCCUGCAUAUAAAAAGAAUGUCUCGGUUUAAACC